GGCCCGCCAGCCCCGGGGCAGAGGGUCCCAGCAGCCAGCGAGGGGGCCACGGAAUUCCUCUCGCUCCUCGGUGCGGAGGAGCUGCGCCCCUGCCUCUUCGCGGAGUCACUGGUCAUGGUCUCGGAGCACGGGCAGCCGCUGGGGCAGUUCUCCGUCUCGGUGCAGCCAGCCUGCUACGAGGAGCCGGGCGGGCAGGAAGAGGAUUGCUACCUGGUCUGCGCCACCAGCCAGGGCACCGUCAGCGACGUGCCCUGCAGCUCCUCCAUCACAGCGUACAUCUCGAAGCGCCUGGAAACCCUGGAGCAGCACCAGCAUGAAUACGUGAAGUUCCGAGCCCACCCCCUGGACAGAAAGACCCACGUGGCCAAGCGCGGCGGGCGGCUGCUUGUCAAGAAAGUCAUUGUGGAAGGAGAGGUGAGGGGGUGGCGUCCGCGGGGAUCUGCCCCCCCCACUAGUGUUUGGGACUCCAGGGCAGGGGCCGCCAGCAGCUGCGUCCCCCCGGGCCUAACCGCCGCCGCGACCUUCUCUUCACAGCCCGGCUUCAGCUUCAGGAAGCUCUGGGCCUUCACAGGCCCCGGGUUCCUCAUGAGCAUCGCCUUCCUGGACCCCGGCAACAUCGAGUCGGACCUGCAGUGCGGGGCCGUGGCCGGCUUCAAGGACUGCUGGGUUCUGCCCCCGCGCUGUGCGUGCCCCCCGGCGCGUCUCGGUGCCUCUCUGGCCAGAUCUGCCUCCCCUGGGUGCAGUAAGGCCCCAGCCAGGAGUCCGAGCCGCCUGCUGCUCUGGGCCACGAUCGAGGUUGCCAUCAUUGGCUCCGACAUGCAGGAGGUGAUCGGGACGGCCAUCGCUUUCAGCCUCCUCUCGGCCGGACGCAUCCCCCUGUGGGGCGGAGUCCUCAUCACCAUUGUGGACACCCUCUUCUUCCUCUUCCUGGAUAAAUACGGAGAGCCGACGCAGCGUUAUUACCGGGGCUGUCAAUUAAUCGCCGUGAACUCACGUGAUGACCUCCAACCAACGAAUCGCGGUUACGUGGUGGUGAAGCCAGACCAGCGGGAGGUGCUGAAGGGCAUCUUCUUCCCCUACUGCCACGGCUGCGGGCGGGGGGGGCUGCUGCAGGGUUGCGGAGCCAGGCUCCCUAGCGCUGGCCUGGCUGGCCCCGUAACACUGCCCCCCACCCAGACCCGGGAUGUGAAGCGCUCCGAGAGGCAGCAGGUGCGCGAGGCCAACAUGUACUUCCUGAUCGAGUCCUGCAUCGCCCUCUUCGUCUCCUUCCUCAUCAACCUCUUCGUCAUGGCCGUCUUCGGCCAGGCCUUCUACCACCGCACCAACCAGGACGUGUACAACGUCUGUGCCAACAGCAGCGUCAGCCAGUACGCCCCCAUCUUCCCCACCGACAACCAGACCGUCUCGGUGGACAUCUACCAAGGGGGCGUCAUCCUGGGCUGUUACUUUGGCUCCGUCGCACUCUACAUCUGGGCCAUUGGGAUCCUGGCCGCAGGGCAGAGCUCCACCAUGACCGGGACCUACGCUGGACAGUUCGUCAUGGAGGGGUUCCUGCAGCUGCGCUGGUCCCGCUUUGCCCGCGUGCUCUUCACCCGCUCCUUCGCCAUCCUCCCCACCGUCUUCAUCGCCGCCUUCAAGGACGUCAGCCACCUGACGGGCAUGAACGACCUGCUCAACGUGCUGCAGAGCCUGCUGCUGCCCUUCGCCGUCCUCCCGGUUCUCACUUUCACCAGCAUGCGGCCGCUCAUGCAGGAGUUUGCCAACGGCGUUGUCAGCAAGGUGCUGAUGGUCCUCAUCACCGGGCUGAUCUGCGCCAUUAACCUCUACUUCGUGGUGAUCUACAUCCCCACGCUGGGCAGCCUGGCCUACUACAUCCCCCUGGCCUUCGUGCUGGCCGGCUACCUGGCCUUCACCGCCUACCUGGGUUUCCUCCAGGAGGGUCGUUGGCUGGUGCAGGCCCACGAGGGGAACCGCUCCCGGAGCCAAGCCACCGCCGGGCCGAGCCUCCCGCCAAGAGCCUAGUGUUGCCCUUCAGCGCCGGUCACUGCUCCGAAUAGGAACAUUUCCCAGGAACCCGCCCCGGCUAUGCCACAGCACGUCCCACGGCGUGCGGCCACCUCUGGGGUGGAGCAGGGCAGCCAUAGUGCAGCACUGCCCGUUAGCAGCAGGGCCUCUGAUCAAGGACACCUGGCAAAGCCCUUCUCGGGGAGCAGGCCCGGGAGGUGACAUGGUGCAGACGGGGGCGUAAGGGUCUCCCCAGACAGGUCCCCCGGCUGGCGAGCACACGGCGC